ACUCUAUGAAUCACACUAUCUUCUCUCUAUUCCUAACGGCACACAGCCACACACGGUCACAAAGACCACAGAUCUGGGCGCUGGGAGCUCAACUCCGUCGUCGCCGCGGCUUUCUUCACCUCCUGUGGCUGUGCUUCCCUGCUUCUUGCUCGUCAGAUCUUGUUGUCGCCCGUCAUCGCCAUCACUGCACCUAACGCCCUGCCUCAGUCCUCCUUCUAUACUCGGCUUCUCGUGUCUCAUCGCGCCUCCCUCGUCUCGUCUCCGCUCGAGCUGUGGUUCAUCCUCGCCACGCCACCCUGCGCCUCUCCUCCGUCUCUGUGGGUGGUUGUUGCUGCUCCUCUCUCAUCGUCUUUGGAUGUUACCGCUGCACGCUGACCUGCGUCAUGGAUUUUACCAUUCGUCUCUGCUCGUUGGCGGACCACCGAAGGUUACUUAAUCUCUCUGCCGUAAGACUUGAGUGGUUAUGAUAUAAUGAUCAUUGUUUGAAUUGAUUGUUGAGUGGCUCUAAUUGAUUGUUAAUUGUUAAUAUACUCGGUCGUUACAAUAUGAUUAUUGAUUGCCUAAUUAGAAAUCGUUGCCAAUUGAAAAAUAUUGUGAAUGUGACAGUAUGAUUAUAAUUAAAUAAUAUGUUCUAAUAGAAUUGAUUGAUAAUUGCUAAUAGAUGGAUAGAAUUCAUUAUUAAUUGCUUGAUUGGUUAAUUGUAAAUCGAUAAUAAACUCUAUUGCUUCUUUCAAAGAACUAAUUUUCUUAAUUGAAAUUGAUAUUUUUCAGUUUCUCCUCUGGAUCUCGCAUAAAAGGUAUUGAAUUAUUCUAGUAAUAUAUGUAUGUUACGCACAUUCUAAUUUCGUUAAUAAUAACAUAAAAGGUAUGCGUGUUUGUUGUGAUUAUGUGAAAAGAAACUGAUUGUAACGUAUGUCACAUAAGUGAUUUGUGAUUUUGCUUUAUGAAUGCAAUAAUCAGAGCACAAAGCUCACACAUAUGUUUUCGGAAGAUCUCUUUGAAAAGAUUGAGUUAUUCAUUAUAAUUGGUAUAUUUCUCUUUGGUUAGUUGAGUUUAGAAGUAUGGAAUAAUUUCGGAAUAUCUAGUUAUAUAAAAUAUUAUACAAAAAUUAUAUUCCCAGCAAUUUCCAGAAUAUUUCAAUAUUCACAUCUUCAUAUAUUUUUGUUAAGUAGUUCGGAAUUAAUUGCAUUAUUUGCUGUUUGGGAUCUGUAUCUGUACCCAUCUUGUUCAGGGAUCUAACUGUGUUUGUUUUUUUUUACUGUAUUUCACUUUUUUUUAACCUUCCUAUUGAGUUGAAUUCCUCGCCUCCUGGCUGAAAGCAUCUGCUGUUUCUCUCGGUAAAGUUUCUCUUGUAGAUUUCGACUAAAAGAUAACUACUAAUAAACAGUGAACGAUAGAAAGAAUUGCAUGUCAAGAUGCUGAUAUGAUAGAUAACUACAUAUAAGAAACGCAGAGAAGAGUAUACAUAGCAUAACACAACUCAGAUAAUCAAAGGGAGUGACGUUAAGUUUAAGGGCGUGCUUGUUUCGUUGUUCCACCGCCAUGGAUACCCCGCCGCCGCAACGACCACAAACACCUUUCACUCCUCCGAUGCCGCGCCAACCUGAUUCCACCUCCUCGAUUCUCGUCCCCUUCCUCAUCUUCCUCGCCAUUGUCGCCAUGGUUCUGGUUCCUUCGGGAUCACCAUCCUUCAAAAAUUCAUUAUCCAUUCUGCACCAAGUUCCGGAAGGCCAUGUUGGAGUAUAUUGGAGGGGAGGUGCCCUUUUGAAAACCAUUUCGGAUCCAGGUUUCCAUCUAAAAAUGCCUUUCAUAACUCAGUAUGAACCUGUACAAGUGACACUUCAGACAGAUAUGGUGACAGAUAUACCAUGUGGUACGAAAGGUGGUGUCAUGAUUAAUUUUGGGAAGAUCGAGGUUGUUAACCGACUCAGCAAAGAAUUUGUCUAUGAGACAUUGCUCAAUUAUGGUGUGGAGUAUGAUAAGACAUGGAUAUAUGAUAAAAUUCAUCAUGAGAUUAAUCAGUUCUGCAGCUCUCACAGUCUUCAACAAGUCUAUAUAGAUGUGUUUGAUCAGAUUGAUGAAAAGAUGAAAGACGCUCUUCAAGUUGACUGCACCCGCUAUGCUCCGGGUAUUGAGAUCAUCAGUGUCCGUGUAACAAAACCCACAAUUCCGGAUAGCAUAAGGCGAAACUUCGAACAAAUGGAAGAGGAGCGUACUAAGGUCUUAAUUGCUAUUGAGAAGCAGAAAGUAGCUGAGAAGGAGGCAGAGACAAUCAAGAAGAUGGCUAUUAGUGAGGCUGAGAAGAAUGCUAAUGUUAGCAGGAUCCUUAUGGAGCAAAAGUUGUUGGAAAAGGAUAGUGCUAGACGACAAGAAGAAAUCGAGAAUGCAAUGUAUCUGGCACGUGAAAAGAGUCUUGCAGAUGCAGAUUUCUACCGUGUAACAAAGGAAGCUGAAGCAAACAAGUUGAAGCUUACCCCUGAAUUUCUUGAGCUUAAGUUUAUCGAGUCCAUUGCUAAUAAUACGAAGAUUUUCUUUGGAGACAAGGUUCCAAACAUGAUUUUGGAUCAGAGGGUAUUUGGAAACUACCUUCAUGAAGUUUCUAGAGGGGCAGCUAAGAUGGUCAAGGUCGAUGCGUAAAUUGUUAGAAGUUAGAUGCUCAGAAAUCGGAAGUCUCAGCUAAGCAUUGCCAGGAUUUUGUAGAAGAUUCAAACGCCGAGUUAUCUUUUACAGAACGGGAAGAAAGAGAAGAGAAGAGAGUUUGACGAAGUUUAUCGUUUUCUUUUCAAGUGGGAGAGGGGUGUGUAAUGUAGAUUUUGUCCCUAUCAAUAUACAGAAUUACAGACUAUUGUUAUUAUUAUUAUUGCUAUUGCGACAAUGAAAUUUAGGACGUGUUGGGAUGA